CCUACGCGACGGCCGUGCCAGGACUCCAGGAGGGCAGGUGUAGAGGGAGCAAAGGGGACCACGGCCAAAGGUAGAAGCAAGUCCUGCAGAAAGAAAGGCGCUGCUGCUCCGGCUGCUGCCUCCGCCACUGCCGCCACCACCGAACCAGCGUCCAGAGCGGGGCUGGCAGGCCAGGCACGGAGACGAGAGGAGCGAGGGGCGAGCUCAUGGAGCACACGCACGCCCACCUCGUAGCCAACAGCUCGUUGUCCUGGUCCCCCGGCUCGACCUGCGGCUUGGGCUUCGUGCCCGUGGUUUAUUACAGCCUCUUGCUGUGCCUCGGUUUACCAGCCAAUAUCCUGACAGUGAUCAUUCUCUCUCAGCUGGUAGCUAGAAGGCAGAAGUCCUCCUACAACUAUCUCUUGGCACUUGCUGCUGCUGACAUCUUGGUCCUCUUUUUCAUUGUGUUUGUGGACUUCCUGUUGGAAGACUUCAUCUUGAACAUGCAGAUGCCUCAGGUGCCCAAUAAGAUCAUAGAAGUGCUGGAAUUUUCAUCCAUCCACACUUCUAUUUGGAUUACUGUUCCAUUAACCAUUGAUCGGUAUAUCGCAGUCUGCCACCCACUCAAGUACCACACGGUCUCCUACCCAGCCCGCACCCGGAAAGUCAUUGUAAGUGUUUACAUCACCUGCUUCCUGACCAGCAUCCCCUACUACUGGUGGCCCAACAUCUGGACUGAAGACUACAUCAGCACCUCCAUGCAUCACGUCCUUAUCUGGAUUCACUGCUUCACCGUGUACUUGGUGCCCUGCUCCAUUUUCUUCAUCUUGAACUCAAUCAUUGUGUACAAGCUCAGGAGGAAAAGCAAUUUUCGUCUCCGUGGCUAUUCCACAGGGAAAACUACUGCCAUCUUGUUCACCAUUACCUCCAUCUUUGCCACACUCUGGGCCCCCCGCAUCGUCAUGAUUCUCUACCACCUCUAUGGGGCACCUAUCCAAAACCGCUGGCUGGUGCACAUCAUGUCCGACAUUGCCAACAUGCUGGCCCUUCUGAACACAGCCAUCAACUUCUUCCUCUACUGCUUCAUCAGCAAGAGGUUCCGCACUAUGGCGGCCGCCACGCUCAAGGCCUUCUUCAAGUGCCAAAAGCAACCUGUACAGUUCUACACCAACCAUAACUUUUCCAUAACAAGUAGCCCCUGGAUCUCACCAGCCAACUCACACUGUAUCAAGAUGCUGGUGUACCAGUAUGACAAAAAUGGAAAACCUAUAAAAGUAUCCCCAUGACCUCACAGGUUUGGCACCUAGUGCCUCUGUCUAAUCUAUUUCCAGAUGGGAGGGUAGCCCACUUAAAAGUGCUAACCUGAUUUCCUAUCUCCACAGACUGAGCAACCCUCAGACUGGUAGAUGAGAAAAGAUGGAAGAGAAGAAAGAAAAGCAUCAAUCUUGUUUUCAUUUGUGCAUUUAUUUUCACAACGUCACUUGACAGCAGAAUUUCUACCAGUUUGAAGAUGUCUUUAGAGGUUGUGUCAUCAUCCUGUGGCCAAUGAGGACACAGGAAAGAAAUAGUCUAUGACUUUGCCUUGGCACCAUCCAGUCAUUGGGAACCUCUCAUUUAUGUGACACACCAAGCCACAAUAGCAGGUAGCUGAGUCCACACUCUUCCUCUAAGAGCUGAGGUCAACCAUCGCUUCCCUGUGCCAUCCCCAGCAGCUAAUAAUGCUGACCAUUGGGAUUUGGGAUUUUUCCAAGGUGCCCUUUGUCCUAGAGAAGGUUGUGGUCUUGAAGUGGCCCUGGAACCCUAAGCUACAGAAUGACACUGUAAGGGGACAAGCAAGUAUUAAUCCCAUCCAAACUCUGGCCAGAGCUUCUUUGGAAAGGCUUCAAACCAACAUAACUAUGACCCUCAGAUUUGGGUCUAAAAUGCAGGCUUUCUAUUUGUCAUUAUGUAUAGAUUUUAUCUAUCUCCUCCAAAACAAAGACCCCUGCCUGGUGCGUAGGGGGGAAGGAGGAUCUCUUGAGCCCAGAAAAACAAAAAAAUAAGCCCACUCUUGCCAUUGUUUCGAUCCAUCCCGUGUCAGCUGUGUAUGAUCCCUUUACUCAAAAUAGCUUCUUAUUGCAGUGCCACUUAAGCUUCCUGGAGAAGCCUUUUACAUGUAGAGUUGACAACCCUGCCUCCUUGCUUGCUGAAGCCCUCACCAAAUUGUUUUAUCUGAAGUGACUUCCAAACUGGACUUAAUUUUCAAGGGUCAGGAACUGUAGCCCUCCAGGUGUGAAAGGAGACAUUCUUAGCUCUGCCCCACAGUCUACCUGGUAUUACUAUUCAGCCACAAAUGCAGAUAAAAUUCACACGGAAAGGUGCCCAUGUUGUCUGCUUGUGUGCCCUUUGAUGCAUAUGGCUCAAAAGGGUGGUACCAGUUUUCAGUGAAGCUACUUAAUUCAGAUCCUUUGCAAAAUGAUAAAAUAUGAAUUUAUUUAGCUGUUCUCCCCUUGCCUGUCCAAGGCAAGAAGAGCUCUCUGAUGUAAUUAAUAGGGGCUUCCCUCGGAUUUGCCACUCAUGUGUGUACACACACA